AUGACGACCACAGCAGAACCGACGCCAUCCGACCUGGUGCAUAAAUCAGCCAAACGUACGAGAGAAAUCUUUGCCGCCGACUUUGGCGCACCCACAGCGCUCGACAACUCUUCUCAACCCGCCAUCGCUCCUCCGAUCGCGUCGCCUGCAGAACGCGCCCAGAAGAUUGCCCUAAGGUCGCGAAUCGAUAAAGAAUAUGCCGACGUGAAAGAGCUGCCCCCAGUGCUUGCGGCCAAGCAGGCAAACGCUGCCGCGUCGCGUUCAAGUCUCCGAAAGAAGCCCAAGACCGAGGAGCAAGCAUCAAACCCAAAGAUGGCCAAGAUGAUCGAGGGAGUCUCUGCGCAAACAUCAUCUGCCGCCGCUGGAACCUCAACCGCUCUUGCCUUGCGCGCAAACGGCGCUGGAAAGCUACCACCAAACGCGAAUGGCCCUACACCACAAAGAAACCUGCCUGGCUCUUCGAGUCUGGUGCGCAGAGAUGUUGUACGCCAGCCAAAGCCCGAGUGGAAGGCGCCCUGGAAGCUUAUGCGUGUCAUUUCUGGUCACUUGGGAUGGGUUCGCGCACUCGCGGUAGAACCGGGAAACCAAUAUUUCGCGACUGGAAGUGGUGACAGGACUAUCAAGAUCUGGGACCUUGCUUCCGGCACAUUGAAGCUCACGCUGACUGGUCACAUCUCUACCGUACGAGGCCUUGCUUUCAGUCCGAGACAUCCAUAUCUUUUCUCAUGUGCAGAAGAUAAGAAGGUCAAGUGUUGGGAUCUCGAGACCAACAAAGUUAUCCGUGAUUACCAUGGCCACUUGAGUGGUGUCUACACUCUGAGUCUACAUCCUACGCUUGACGUGCUUUGUACCGGAGGAAGAGACGGUGUCGUUCGUGUGUGGGACAUGCGAACAAGAUCGAACAUCCACGUGCUAAGUGGCCACAAACAGACCGUAUCUGACAUCGUCACUCAGGAGGCCGAUCCACAGAUCAUCUCAUCUUCACUAGAUAGCACCGUUCGCAUGUACGAUCUCGCAGCUGGAAAGACCAUGGGCGUCUUGACACAUCACAAGAAGGGUGUGAGAGCUCUCUGCACGGCACCCCACGAAUUCACGUUCGCCUCUGCCUCGACUGGUCAGGUCAAGCAGUGGAAGUGUCCAGAAGGUGCUUUCAUGCAGAACUUUGAUGGUCACAACGCCAUCAUCAACACUUUGUCGGUCAACGAGGACAAUGUCUUGUUUUCUGGUGGUGACAACGGAUCGGCUGCAUUCUUCGACUGGAAGACCGGCUACAAAUACCAAUCACUCGACUCCAUUGCCCAGCCUGGUAGUCUUGACGCUGAGGCUGGUAUCAUGAGUUCGACAUUCGACAAGACUGGACUACGCCUCAUUACCGGAGAAGCAGAUAAGACCAUUAAGAUCUGGCGUGAGGACGAAAACGCGACACCUGAGACACAUCCACUCGAGUGGAAACCCACGCUAGGAAGACACAAGUUCUGA